AUGCAUAGCGAGAAAGAAGAAGAGGAUGAGAGAAGAAAGAAUGCGACGACACUGCCAGAAGAUUUAAUCCUUGCAGAAAUACUCCCUCGAUUACCAGCAAAAUACUUGCUUGGGCACCGCCUUGUUUGUAAGUCCUGGAACUCUGUUUUCUCCACACCCGCUUUCGUAAAUUCCCAACUCACUCAUCAACUCCACAACAACUCUGAAGAACAAGAUCGCAUUAUAGUAAAGCGGGAUGGUCUUAUCGAGGGAGUGGACAUUCUCUCUCACAUCGAUUCGAUUCGUGUCCGCAAAGUGCCUUGCGCUUGUGACACUUUGUGUGGUUCAGUUAAUGGUUUAGUUUUAAUGGUUUCUAAACCGGAAAAAAGAUUUUGUCUAUGGAACCCGGCUAUUGGGCAAGUUAAGUUGUUUGAUUUCCCCGCACCUCAUCUUCAUCUUAAGAAUAAUGGUUACUAUGAUUACAAGGCCUUGAUGUUCUGCUAUGAUUCGAUGUCAUCUCCCGCUAGACAAAUUUGUAUUUACUCAACAAAUUCCGCUACUUGGACUUCUUUGUGUAUCCCUCAAAAUCUCAUGUUGCCCGGACUACGUGAUUAUUUUUGGAUGUUACUAGGUCACUCUACCAUUGUCAAGGGAACCCCUUACUGGAGUUGUUCUAAUUCCUUGACUUUGCCCGGAGAGAAGCACGAACGUAAGUUCUUCUGGACGUUCAAGUUUGUGCCUGAAAUCAACGAGUUCAGAAUCCUUCCUGAUUUAGAUUCCCUCAAAUGUUGUGGAGACACUUUUAGUAUAGUCAACAUCAAGGAUCGUCUUGUUGGGAUGACAUAUAACUCAGUAACACAUGGAGGGACGAAUAUGGUGGAUAUGUAUUCUUUGGACAACGAGGAAUACAGUAGUGGUGUUUGGAGUAAGAUGUACAGCAUAGGACCGGUGUAUUUUUGCUCCAACCAAAGGCUGCUGCACGCUUUUAGGAAUGGUGGUGAAAUAUUGAUCCGGGGACAUUCUGGCACAUUUGCUUUCUAUGAUCCCAAAACCAAAGAAAUUAAGAGUAUUGCCGGGACGACUAGCACUAGAAUUUUCUUUACAGAGUUGGUUGGACAUCGUUACAGUUAUACGCCUAGUUUGGUCCGUGUUCGAGGAAUGAAGUCCAUGCAGAACUUUUCUACAAAUGGAGAACUUAAGGAAUUUACUUUGUAA